UACAUCACCUUCUCUGCUUCCGUCGUCCACCUAAUAGCUGCUCGAUCAUCACAUCCACUGCCUCAGUCCAAUCCAAAGUCGAAGCGCAUUCCUACAAAGGUUUGCUGCAGUUGGAGCCUGCAUGGCUCAGGUGGGUAGCUUGAAGAGUAAAUUAAAAGACCCAUCCCUUUCGAAGCUACCACAACGCCUUUCCACCGGUCCCGGCCUUCAAUCUAAACCUCAAUCGCCCACCCUCUUCUUGAUUGCGUCCUUCAAGGUGAAGAAGUCGCUAUCUUCUUGCUUCAUUAAUUUUGAUUAGCUUUGUCUUUCUAGCGAUGCUAGCACCAUUGCGUUUCAUGGAGCCUUUGCAGGAGACAGCCUGAUCAUCUUUUCAAUGAAGCACAAAAGGGAAGUGAGCAUCUACGAGCUCAUUAACAACAUUAAGAAUGGGUAUCAGGUACUCUUCUUGUCUAAGGGAUCCUCGAAACCAUUUCUACUUCAAAGUAUUUUGGCUGGUGCCCUAGGGCUGGGAGUAGGACUUGCCGGUCUGAGCUGGUCACGGCGUGAUGGAUAUUUUUUGUUGCCAUGGCUAUCCGAUCAAACUGAACCUUCCACUGAGUCUCUGGCAACUGUUGCUGGAUUGCGAAAUCUGGGGAACAAUUGCUUUCUUAAUUGUAUUUUACAGAAUGUUGAACAGUCACUUGCGAGCUCCAGAUGUUUCCUUCCAUUUCUCCAAAACUUGCUGGUCCUGGAUGAUGUAGGGGAUGAACAAAAAGCUGAAACAUUGCCUCUUGUUGUUUCUUUGACUUCACUUCUUGAAGAACUGUGCGUAGUUCACAAUGAGAAGACUGUAGUAAACCCAAGAAACGUGAUGCUUGCUAUGGGCCAAUAUGUCCAGGACUUCAAUUUGAUGAGACAACAGGAUGCUGCGGAAGCAUUCAUCCAUCUCUUGUCUUCCUUAGAGAAAGAAAUCAUUGAGCAUUUUAUUCAUUUGCAACAUGGUGGAUCUCUCGCAGACAUCACUGCCUUCUCUUCUAGUAGGAUUUACAACCAAGAGAAGGGAACGCCACAUGAAUUCGAGAAAUGGAAGAAGCUUUUUAUUGGGCCAUUUGAUGCAGUUAUUGGGAGCUAUUUAAGAUGCCAAACUUGUUCAAAUAUGCUUUCAGUGGAUUUGGAGUUAUUGCGCUCCUUGCCUCUCUCACCUGUGCUGGAUAGAAAUGCUGAUAUUAUGGAGGGCUGCAGCUUGUUCGAUUGCCUUAGGCAUUUCACCAAAUUGGAGCGUGUUGAUGAUUAUCGCUGUGGUAGAUGUUGGCAUGCAGCUGCCUUGAAGCAACUCUUUUAUAGAACUGAAAAAGAUGAGGUUAAAAUUAAAAAACUCAGCGACUGUGUCAAGUAUGAUUCUUGUGAUUGCAAAAACCUUUUUUGCGAUGAAGAAAUUUCCUGGACUGGUAUUUCACAUGCUUUAAAGAAAUUAAGUAUCAUUAAAUGUCCGAAGGUACUUUGCUUUCAUUUGCAACGGGCGUCAAUGAACUGCUAUGGUGAAUUGGUCAAGCUUCAGGGACAUAUGUCUUUUCCAUUGUUUCUCGACCUUUCUGCAUUUGUGGAAACUGCAACAAAAUUGGGGCAAUUGACUUCUGUAAAAUAUAUGCAUAGCAACAUGAAGGCACUAGAUUGCGCAUUGCUCAAGCAACAGGACAUGCGGAUGCUACAACAUUUUUACAGAAUGGUUGGUCAAAACCCUUCUGUGGCAUCCUUGUCUGAAAUUAAGUUAGAAGUACCAUCUGGUGAACUUUUAGAAAGUAAACUCUUGGAAGCUGCUUCUGUAGACAACAGUGAGAAGAUGGUAACAGAGUUGGCUGCUGAUUUAGAUCAAACCUGCAUCAUUCCAGAAAGAGGUUACAGUGAAAAGGUAGGAAUCGCAAGAUCAUCAGCGAGUUGUAUGUACCAGCUCCGUUCAGUUGUUGAGCAUUACGGAAGGCCUGGCAGUGGACAUUAUGCAGUUUACAGGAGAAUGGAAUCUCAAUUAUCUUUUGGUGCUGCUGGGGAGCUACCAGAUUCCAUGAAUGGAUCUUGGGUUUAUAUUUCUGAUACUAAAGUCAAACGUAUCAGUUUGGAGGAUGUUCUUGCAGCGGAGGCAAGCAUGCUUUUUUAUGAGAAGGUUGAGGCUGAUAUUCAUGAAUCAGAAUUCAGAAAUCUUACUUAAUGGACAACACAAGCUUUUGGCUAUACUAAGAUUACAGCGCCGUCGUGAUGCCUAUGAUGCUACAGUACACGUGUACAGCGUUGCAAUGCUCCAAUGUAGAAUGCCGCGAGACUAUACGGUCCCUCUAUAACCCCCGGUGAACUUGACCAAUAGAUUAAGGUCUAAGUCAACAUUAUAACCCGCCGAUGAGCUCGAUGGAUAGAAUUGAGGUCUAAGUCAACAUUAUAACCCGAUUGAUCGACACAAUCAGAUUCCACAAAAACUAACACACUACAGUUGUUUUAAUAUUUAAUUAUGUUCAUGAAGACAUGCUGCUUCAAUACUUGGAGUCUAAGAGUGGGAAGGGAUAAUGGUAGGCAGUGCUCUGCAAUAAAUUGCUUGGAAUGGAGAUAAACCUAAAGAUCCAUGACUUGUCAUGUUUUAAGAAAACUCUGCUUUAGACAGAAAUUUCUGAUAUGAGCUUCUAUCACUCGAAGUCGUGCCGCGCGCUAAGGCGCAAUAAUUCUCCACAAAGCACUCACAAAACUAUAGUUAUAGUCUGAUAUAAAUUUACAUGGUGUUACGUACAAAUAUUGUAAACUGAAGUCAUUCUACUCAUUGUAUCGAUGAAAAUGAAAAUUGAUGUUUAAGAGCUGAAAAAUGUGCAUAUUUGAAAA